UGAUGUACUGGGCCGUUCGCACUACCUUCUGUAGUGUCUUGCAGUCGGAGGCCGAGCAGUUGCUAUACCAGGCAGUGAUGCAACCAGUCAGGAUGCUCUCGAUGGUGCAGUUAUAGAACCCGUUGAGGAUCUGAGACCCAUGCCAAAUCUUUUCAGUCUCUUGCCCUCUUCACGACUGUCUUGGUGUGCUUGGACCAUGUUAGUUUGUUGGUGAUGUGGACACCAAGGAACUUGAUGCUCUCAACCUGAAGGUAUCCAGCUGGUGUCUAGUGCACAAAUUUGCAUCAUUGUUUCAAUAUUCAGAUUCAAUAUCCAGCUGUCCCAUAGUAAUGGUGUCGGGAUGAGACAGGCAGGCAGCUUUUCUCAGCCAGUCGAAAUCACGAAUCAGUAUAAUUUCAUGGAUAUAUACAAAUAACUAUCAAUAGAAAACAGGUAAAACUAAAAAAAGUGCAGCUAGUUUGCGGUCUUUCCAGCUUCAGUUUGAAGUGAUUGUAUUAGCUGUGUUGUUGGCUAGCUCCUCUGAAAAACAUUGUCCUGACGAGAGAGCAUAUUUUCAAUGCCAGGCGGAAUCGCACCUCAUUAGCUCAUUGUUAUGGAUGUGUCAAAAUAAAAGUCACUAGAAAACAUCUUAACCAAAUGCAGCUGCUGCUGCUGUUAUUCUGGCUGCACGGUUUGAUGUGACUAUAAGUUAGCCCUAGGUGGCUAGCUAGCAAGCAAGGGGAUAAGAAUGUUUCCAGCAAGUAUGGCAAUGGAACAUUUAGACUGAACGACUGGAUCGCAUCUCUGGCAACCGAUAGAAUGUCCAGCCGGCUUGUGUAGCAACCAUAGAUUUGUGUCGGGGUUAGGGUUUCAAAGGUUCGAAACUUAACCGAAAAAGUUUCAUGGCGAGUUGAGCCUGGGAAUUUUGCUUAAAUUCAUCAAAAACGUUAGCUUAUAGCAGUGAACCUUUUCUGUGGGAUAUACAUAAGGCAAUUCUAGGUCUUGUGGCAUAUUUUCGUUAAACUAUCCACAAUUAAUUGGAAUUGCAACCCUCUGCAUGCACAGUUCAUUCUUCCAUCAUAUGUACAGCUGAUUCUCAAGAUCUUGCACACUAAUGAGAUGCUAUUGAGCCCACACUAUGAAACUGUCUGAGCCAAGGACUACAUGCUGUCUGACUCCCUGCAGCUCUCUCUCGCUGUCUCUGAAGAGGAGAUUCCCUCUGAGCAGCAGCACUGUGAGCCGGAGUGGAGCCCCAGUCUGGGGCAGGAGGACCCCGAGCCCACACAGAUUAAAGAGGAACAGGAGGAAGUCAGGACCAGUCAGAAGGAAGAGCAGCUUCAAGGGCUGGAGGCUGAUAUCAUAGAGUUCCAAUUCACUCCUUCCUGUGUGAAAGGUGAAUGUGAUCAGGAGGACCCACUUUGGUCCUUGACUCUUCCCCAAACCCAGACUGUGGAAAACAAAGAGAGUGACCCUAAACAUUUUUCCACUGUGACCCACCUAAAGGGUUUUGAUAUUCCCUGUGACCCUCCAGAUAAUCAAAGCAAUGCGUCCAGCCACAGUUCAGCCAAAAGCAGCGACCCAAUAGGACAUGACAGCAGCCAACCAUUGGAUCCGAACCUACCAAUGGGGGAACAUUGUUCCAAACCCAGCACCAUAUCUAUAAAAGCUUACCGCUGCCGGGACUGUGGCAAAACGUUUCCUCUGAAAGCGGGCUUGCAGAGGCAUGUGAAUCUCGACAAGAAGAGACUCAGUGAAUGCCACUUCUGCAAAAAACAGUACAACUCCACCUGUAAACUGAAGGCCCAUGCCCGACUAUGUCACGGUGGGAAACCCAGCACCUGCCCCUUCUGUGGCAAGACCUUCAAACACAAAGGACAUCUGUCUAGGCACAUGAGUAUUCACACAGGAGAGAAACCUUUUAGCUGUGGUGACUGUGGGAAGAGCUUCAAUCAGAAGGGGGGCCUAGGAAGACAUAUACUGACUCACACAGGAGAGAAACCUUUUAGCUGUCAUUUUUGCUGUAAAAGCUUCAGGCAGAAGAGGGAUCUAAGGAGGCAUAUACUGAUUCACACAGGAGAGAAACCAUAUAGCUGUGGCGACUGCGGUAAAGGCUUCAUUCGCAAGGAGCACCUAACUGCACAUAUGCGGACUCACACAGGAGAGUAGAUGCGGACUCACACAGGAGAGUAGAGAUUUAUCUGUGGUGACUGCGGGAAAAGCUUCAAUUGUAAGGGGAAGCUGAGAAUUCAUAUAUGGACUCAUUUAUCUGUGAUGACUGCUGGAAUUGUUUAAUUACGAAGCCUAAGGGCUCUAUUCAAUCAGUAUUUUGGAAGUUCAGCAUGAUUGCCAUUACAUUUCGAUGUUGCUGAGUUAGCGGAGACUGUAUUCACGAUAAACACUGCAUACGUCGCCUCAAUCAGAAUUUACCUUAACAUUUCUAUUGUGCAAUCUGUACCGCUUCAGCGAUAUAGAGCCCUAACCUAACAUAUUUACGGACUCACACAGGGGAGAAAUCAUUUAGCUGUGGUGACCGCGGGGAAAGCCUCACUAAGAAGGGGGACCUAACCAGGCAUAUACUGACACACAGGAGAGAUAUCACAUGGCUGCCCAGUUUGUGGUAAAAGAGUCACUCAGAAGGUAAACUUACUGAAGCAUGGAAAAAGAACAUACACAAACAAGAUAAACUGAAAGAAGGAAGAAAAUGGACUUAGAUGUUCUGUCAGAAGAUGGGAAUAAAAAUCAACUGGAUCAUUCAUGCUGUGUAUUUUAGAGAGAUACAUUAUGGAUUUACUUUUGUAAAAUGUUCUAUGUACAUAAAGUUUGAUUGGAUUUAAAUUAUUAA